GCUGGAGGAAGCCGGAAGUGCAUCAGCCCGGGUCCGUCUGGGCGUUGCGGGAUUGGGGCCUGUGAUCACUUGGCCCGGGCAGCUGAGAAGCCCGUGACCGGGCAGAGCGGCGCCAUCCCGGCCCUGAGGCCUACUGACCGGUGAGGAGCAGGGACUAGAGUAGGGAGGGUCGCUGUGGCUUAGGUCGCACCUCAGAGUGAGGGUUCCGGAUCCCGGCGGCCCAGCCUCAUCCUCCGCCCCUCAGCAACCCUCUGCCCAAUAACCCCAGUCUAGGUCUCCUCCGCCCCCCGCGCCUGUAGCUGACCCCCUGUACCUCCGGCUGUUCAUCCUGGCAUGUCCACAGCCCACCUAGUCCCCUGUCCUCUCGGAGUCCUAGUCCAGCGCCCCUCAUCCAGAGACCUCGGUCCCCGCCCCCCGAGUUCCCGCAGUCCUUUGGUCUGUGCUCAGCCCUGGGUCCCACCCCGCAGUCUCUGGUGCGGACCCUGACAGUUCCCGGCCAGCUGCCCAUCGCAUUGCUCUCCACCCGGGUACAGACAGGCUCUGCGCACCCCGCUGAGGUCGGCGGCCAUCAGCAACGACCGCAGAGCUACAGCAGGCGGCCCCGGGCAUGUACGCCCCUGGAGGCGCAGGGCUGCCGGGAGGGCGCCGGCGGAGGAGCCCGGGAAGCAGCGCUCUGCCCAAGCAGCCGGAACGGAGCCUGGCUUCGGCCCUGCCUGGCGCCCUGUCCAUCACGGCACUCUGCACUGCCCUGGCGGAGCCCGCUUGGUUGCACAUCCACGGAGGCACCUGUUCCCGCCAGGAGCUGGGGGUCUCGGACGUGCUGGGCUAUGUGCACCCGGAUCUGCUGAAAGAUUUCUGCAUGAACCCCCAGACAGUGCUGCUCCUGAGGGUCAUUGCUGCCUUCUGCUUCCUGGGCAUCCUGUGUAGUCUCUCUGCAUUCCUUUUGGAUGUCUUUGGGCCCAAGCACCCAGCUCUGAAGAUUACUCGCCGCUAUGCCUUCGCGCACAUCCUCACUGUCCUACAGUGUGCUACCGUCAUUGGCUUUUCCUACUGGGCUUCUGAGCUCAUCCUGGCCCAGCAGCAACAGCAUAAGAAGUACCAUGGCUCCCAAGUCUAUGUCACCUUUGCUGUUAGCUUCUACCUGGUGGCAGGAGCUGGCGGAGCCUCCAUCCUGGCUACUGCAGCCAACCUCCUGCGCCACUAUCCAACGGAGGAAGAAGAACAGGCGCUGGAGCUCCUAUCUGAGAUGGAAGAGAAUGACCCCUACCCAGCAGAGUAUGAAGUCAUCAACCAGUUCCAGCCACCCCCUGCCUACACACCUUAAUGCCAGCCAGGGCUCUCUUCCUCAGCAGCCCCUCCCCCGGUGCCACAGCUCCUCUUACACCCAGAAGAGCCACUCCCCACAGGUCUCACCGGUAGGACCCUGACCAUCUUCACCAAACCUUCCCCAGGUGACACUCUGCCUUUAGGGUUGUCCAUUGGUCCCUGCUCUGCAGAGCUGGGAUGAUUUUAUAUAAUGCACUCUUUCCCUCCCAGAAUCCUCUGCUCCUUUCCUGUUCACUAGCUCCUUCCAACCAGGGAUGGUCAGAUGAGUUUCCUCCCUCCGUGGGCCAUGUCUUUGGGCCUGGGACUUUCCUGGGUUGCUGCUGUAGUGGACAGUCCCUGAGAGAGGUGCCAGCAGGGCACAGAGGGAAGGGACUGUGCCAUGUAGGCUCACUCUGCCAGGCCCAGCAUUUGUGCCACUUCUGUAUCUGGGCUGACUCCCUCAUUCCUUCUAGAGUGCCCUAGGCCUAGCCUUCCACUUUGUGGAUUCUCUGCACUUUAGUCUCUGGGCCACUCCUCAUGUGUGUUCUGGUUUUCUGGAGAGAAGGAAUUGCUGUUGGGGAGCAGAGCAGCUCCUCUCCUGCCCUGCCCUGGCUUCCUGUGGUUGGAGCCAGGCCAGGAAGCAGAACCAGGCAAGACGCUGAUCCUAUCGAGGACCCCAGUGAAGGGAACUGAGUGCCCCAGCCCCUUCGCCUUUUAAUGUGAGUGGUUUUAAAUGGAAAACAAAGCAAAACGAAGCAAUAGCAGCCAUGCUCUUUCUAAAACAGGGAUAUGGCUGUUGUUGUUCAGAAAUGGAGCCCAUCCCUUAGAUUCUGCAAUAUUUUGGACCAUAGUUCCCUCUAAGCCUAUAGUCACUUCUCCCAGUCUUUCCAACAGAAUGCAGGCUUUCUGUUCUGACUCCUUCUUCCAGGCAGCUGUGGCUCCCUGGGGCCUUUCUGUGGAACUAGGGCCACAUGGCCCCUGCGGGGCUGAGAACUAUGGCCUGGCUGGCUGGCCAGCGUGGUGCUCCUCAGAACUGUGGCACUGAGAUGUAACCUGGCCUCAGUUCAGGCACGGGGGCCAAGCAGGGCAGGACCCUCCACUUUCCACAAUAGUACUCCACCCAGAGGCCCAUCAGGUUGGUGUCAGGACCCUGUCAGAUGUGCAGGCCUGGCUGUAGCCUUCAGAGUCAAUGUGUCCCUAGCCUGUGACUUGGGGCUACAGCUUGCUGCAUGCCCCUCUCCCCUUCUGGAAUGUAUGCUGGUCUUGCAGUGUGCUACUAGGCUGUUACUCUAGCUAUUCUGUUUGCCUUGGGUCCAGUUUGAUUGUUUGUUUGUUUAUUUUGUUGUUUUGCCUGGAGACCUGGGGCAUAAGGCAGGUGGGACUUGAGAGGCCUGCAGCUUGGAUCCAGAUAGGCAAGCUCUUCUUGUUCAUUUAUGAGCUGCUUUGGAGUGAGAGUCUAGUGCUAGCUGAAAGGGAUAUGAAUUCCAAUCUCCUCUCAUCCUUAAGACAACAGACAUUUUGAGCAAGAAUGGAGACUUAGUACAGUCACUGAACUGUGACUACAAGACUGUCACCUCCUCAUUCUUUGGCCAGAAAGAGUGGGGCAUAUGUGGACAAAUGCCUAUGCAGAUGAAGACCAAGUGUGCCAUAAGAAAGCAUCUGCUUGGAGUUCCUUGCUGUGACACCAAAGUGUGCCCAGUGUGACGCUCCCAUUCUUCCAGACCCUUCUCCGAAGCAAGAAAAGCUGCCAGGUGGUAUCUGAGCACAAAUCAAGGAGCUAAUUAAGACUGCCUUUCUGGGCAGGUUUCUGAAGUGUGUGGUCAGCUGUCUAACAUGACAUCUGAGGGAGCAGGCCAGAAGAGCAGGCACCAAACAUGCAUGCCAAAGUGAAUGAGGACUUGACCCUGUGGACUGUUCCUUGGGAUUUGGAACCCACUUUUACUAGCUUCCUGUCCCUCUGGCCUUUCUUUCACUUCUCCCUGCCAUUCUGAUACUGAUAGUUUGUCAUAUAAAUUCCUCUGGUUGUGUUUUUCUUUUCUAGGAAAAAAAUUAAAAGGCAAAACAAAAAACCAGAAACUACAGAUGAGAACACAAAUGCCAGUGGCUGCCUCUCAUUUUUGUCAUAAUUUUCCAGAUGUUUGUCCUCUUCCUCCAGACAAGCAGGGCGCUCAGUGAUGAAACUUGUAAUGGAACAAAGUUAGGAGGAACGUGGCGUGCACCUGAGUCACACAUGACAUUUUGAUGCUUGGGAGCCUCCCACUCCUGACAUCUUUCACAGAGCAAGUUCCCAAAGCUCACAGCUAGAAACAGUAGGUGCCUCUGCCCAAGAUAUCAACUACAAACGAGCUGCCCCGCUCCGCAUGUCCUGAUUAGCUGCAGAAGAGCCGUUUUCAGAUCUCUAGUGGUACUUCCUGGGAAGAGCCUGAGAAUACAGAUGGUUCUGGAGCAAGGUUUGCAGAGUGGAAACCUUUUUCAGGCAGUUGAUGGGUGGAACCUUGAUGGCCGCCCACACUCUUAGUUCAUUCAUUCUCAACCCAGCUUGGGGCCCCAAGUAUGUAUUUGGAAAACAUUUAGGGCUCUCUUUGGGAAGUAGUCCAUUCCUAGCAGGAUGCAUGUCUUUCCUAGAAACUGAUAAUCUUCUCAUUUCGUGUCCAUUAGACAUUUCUAUGAAGGGUCCAUUGGAUUAUGCACAAAACACUGAACCCCAUGAAAGAAAUAGGAUGUCUGACAGGACCUUAUCUCCCAGGAUUGUAUUUCCUUAGCUCAAGAGACGGAUUCCCCUACAGGGAGACAGUGAAGUAAGUAGUCUCCUGGACACCUUGGGAAAGUCCUAUGCUUGAGAUGGGAGGCUGGUUCUAACCAGAAUAAUUAUCAACAGCUUUAUGGAUGGAACAAAUAGAGCUGGUUGAUGUGGGAGAACAUUUAGUGGAGGGGCCAUUCCCUCUGAGGGAAUGGCAUAGUGGCCAGGAUGUGGUGCAAAGUGAGAUGGUGAAGGCCCAUCUGACCAUCCUCAAAGCAGUAGGAAGCCACAGGAGGGUCUGAAAUCAAAGGGGAUCCAGUUUUAUGGACUGCUGGUAGUGUGGAGGGCUGUGAUGUUCAUAAAGCACCAGAGAGUGUGGGAAUUGGGGGACAGGUGGACAUUGUGUGGAGGACCCUCAGGCCUGGUAGAAGUGGGAGAGAGCCCAGGAACUCCUAGUCAUAGUGCACUAGGAGAUGGGAUCAGCCUUGUAGCUCAAGAGGGCUUCCGAAGAGAGGCUGUGUUGUGUGAAGGAGAGCAAGGAGAGGCCUUGGGAAACACUUGGGUACACUUGUGUUGUACCUGAAGGAAGGGCAGUUCUCUCCAGAUAACCUCAGACUCCUCAGCUGGUUUCUCACUCAGAGGUGCCAAUGCCCUGGGCUAUGACAGGAUGGAAUACGGUUCUGUGGGGAGACAGAAAAGAACUAAUAAACUUUAUAGCCUUUGUUUUCAAACAGUC